AUGGGCAGGAACAGAAAGCUCCGAGCUCGGCGUGGCUCCUCGUCCGGGUCCGAGAACAGGCAAGAUCAGCCCAGAACUCGAAGUCCGACAUCAUGCUCGGAUGAUGGCGAAUAUGGUGACGCACAACAGGAACCCCAAGCGUUCGCAUACGCACGUCAAAAAGGGCCCUUGCCAGCUAGUGACACAAAGCAUCUGGAUCUGCUUCCCUACCCUUUGCCCGCAUUGGACGUCACGUUACUCUUGAAGCAGCGUUCUGCCGCGUCUACGGAAUAUGAAGCCUCCACUGGAACGACGCUUUGGCUCUCCAGUCAGAUCUUGGUCUGCUACUUGAUCGCCAACAAAGUCAAGCUUGCGCGCUCCAACCGCCGCGAAAGUCGAGAUGCGCCGAGAGCCAUCGAGCUGGGUAGUGGAACGGGAAUGCUGGCUCUCGUCUUGACUCGGCUCGGCUUCGAAACGCUCGCAACGGACAUCGAGCCAGCUUUAUGUCAAGUGCUCCGUCCGAAUCUCUCUGACAAUGCCGAGGCUUUGGCGCUUGCUGCUGCAGCAGCAAACCCAAAGGGAGACGGCAAUGCCUUCAUGACGCCUCGGAGCGCCUGCCUCGACUGGACGGAAUGUCCCGCUACUUCUGAUGCAGGUACCGCCAAGGCCGAGCGCUCCCACAGCACCCGCCAUGACGUCGCCCAGCUCUGCGCAGCGCGAUGGGCUGCUCAGCUCUGCAAGGAUGCGCAGGUGCCGCCACCGUGGUCGCUGAUCCUUUCGACCGAUACCUUGUACCAUCCGCCGCUGAUUGCGCCGUUCUGGUCGACCGUGAAAGCACUCGUGCUGGCUUCUCGUGCGGCAGCGCACCACAAUGUCGAUAGCCACGACCCGUCAGCACCUCGCCCAGGUGCUGCUGCUGCUGACAAACAGAGCAAGGGAUGCGAUCCCGUCGUUCUGAUUGCUCUAGAGCGCCGAGACAGCUCAUUGAUCGAUGAAGCGCUUCAAGUCGGCAGGCAUCACGGCUUCGAUCUCAAACAAGUCUCGCAGAGGACUUUGAGAAAGGCUGUGGAUGCCCACCUCGGCGCACAUUGGGAGAGGGGAGCGUGGGAAGGAGUCGAAGUCUGGAGUUGCGUGCUUCAAUAA